CAGGCAAGAGCUUUUAGACUAAGCGAUGAGGAAGCCACAAUUAGCAUUUUUCCUAUGCCAGUUGAAUAUCUGAAAUUUUGCCACCAAAAAGCAUUUUUGGGAGUUUUUUCGAUGUUUUGCGAAAUGUAAGAUUACUUAUCACUGCAUUAUCAAUUUACGUGUUCUUGUAGUCGUUGUUCUACAGAAAAUGAAAUAAUUUCUGAUGCUUUAAUAUAUCAAUAUAAGACAUUGGAAUAUCAAAUUUACAGUGAUUAUAAACAGAUUUCAUUGAAUGAUUUAUUUACAUUCAAAUCAAAAUUAUCAUUGAAUAAUUGGUUAUAUUAUUCAGUUUCUCAACUCAUUUGUACUGUAGCCGCUGAUUCUUCAGUAGAUUCCGAUAAUAAUCAUUAUCAUACUGCAGUUAUUGAAUGUGCACUACAAUGUGUUGAACAUUUAAGAAAAACAUAUUUACAAUCUCCUGAUGCACCGACUAAUGAAUAUUAUUCGAUUUUUCUCGCUGAUAAAUAUGAACAAUUAGCUGAUUUUCUCCCUUCACGUGAUUCACAGAAAAUAAGCAAUUAUAAAGAAGCCAUUAAAAUUCGAAAAAUUUGUCAAGUUGUCGAGCAUGUUAAUAAAGCUCCAUUUCUGUCGGUUACUAUUGAUUCAACGCCGGACUGUACAAAUCAUGAAAUGUACUCCGUUUUCGUUCGAUAUGUUGAAGAUUUUGAGAAUCGUUUUUAG